AUGACCAGCUUAAACAAAGUGGAAAGACGCAAGCUGGUGGCCGAGAGAAGCCCCAGCGUUUCCUAUACGCCUGAUGUGAUUCCGCACUUGGCGGGUUUGGAGAAACCCCAAGCGCACAGUUUACUCUUGGAUGAAUGCGAUGUAUUGAUCAUGGGAACAGGCUUAGUAGAAAGCAUAUUGGCGGCAUCGUUAUCAUGGCAGGGUGUGGAUGUGCUACACAUCGACAACAAAACAUGUUAUGGUGACCUGAACUCGACGUUGACAAUUGAACAAAUCAAACUGUGGUGUCAGGAGGUCAACGGAGGCAAAAUCCAACACUUUGAAGAUGCUCAGGUAUAUGUAUCAGGAGAACUCAGUCUUCCCACGAGCAAGUAUAAGAGCAAGGACUACGGUAUUGACUUGACGCCUAAAGUCAUGUUUGCCCAGUCGGACCUAUUGAGUUUAUUGGUCAAGUCCCGGGUCUACAAGUACUUGGAGUUCCAGAGUUUGAGUAACUUCCACAUAUUUGAAAACGACAGCUUUGCCGCCAAGUUUUCGAACCCUACGUCUAAGGAGGAGAUCUUUACUGACCAAUCGUUAUCGUUGGUCACAAAGAGAUAUUUGAUGAAGUUUUUGAAGUUUGUGUUGCAAGACAACAAUGACGAGGAUAAGCGGCAGGUCUUGACUGAGAACGCCAAGGUUCCGAUCGAGGAGUUUUUGAAGAAGAAGUUCAACUUGGAGAAGUCCCAGAUCAACGAGUUGGUGUACUCCAUUGGGCUUGCAACCAAAGAGUCCAGUAAAACUCCUGAGGCCCUUGCCAGAAUACGGAGAUAUUUGACGUCUUUCAACGUGUACGGAAAUUUCCCGGUAUUGGUGCUGAAAUACGGAGGGCCUGGUGAGAUUUCCCAGGGGUUCUGUAGGAGUGCCGCUGUAGGAGGAUCUACCUACAAAUUGAACACCACAUUGGUUGAUUACGAUCCGCUGCAAAAAGUGGCCAAAUUCAGUGACAAGAGUAGCGUUCGGAUCAAUGAAAAGCUUGUGGUGUCACCCACCCAAAUUCCUAAAUUCUUACAGACUUCCUACAAUGAAAUCACUGAGGCAUUGCCCAUGAAAAACAUCAACCGAUUGGUGGUAGUGGUGAAAAAAGAUUGUAAGGAAUGGAUGUCGAACCUGGAAUCCUCAGCUGUGGUGGUGUUCCCUCCACAUUCAUUACCUUCAGAUAACUCUAAAGGCAUCCAGGCAUUGGUACAAAACGGUGGAAGUGGUGUGUGUCCCGAUGGUCACUCGAUUUGGUAUUUGACGUCCUUUGAACAAGAUAAGGCCAAAGCCAAGCUUGACUUGCAAAGUGCUCUAGAUAAGAUGGAAGCGGCCAUAUUGAGAGAAUCAUCCAACAACUUGGACGAUGUGUUGGGCGAAGAAGACUUUGUUAUAAGUGAAAGAGGAACUCCAGUGGUUGUCAACUCGGUAAAGUUGGGUAAGUCGUUGCAAAACUUUGUGCCCAAGGAAAAACUCGAGAUUAUCUGCAAGCUCGGAUAUGUGCAACAGACGUACGUGGCCAAUGACUUGUCGAACGUGCUCAAUCCCACUAAAGACAACAAUGUCACUUUGAGGAAGCCUAAAGACUGUGGUGAAAUAAUCUUUACCAAUAUGCCAUCUGCCGAAAUAAGUUAUGACGGGAUUGUAAGCGAGUGUAAGACCUUGUACCUGAGUAUAACCGGGGCAGACGAUGAUUUCUUUGAUGUGGACUUUGAGGAUGAAGAUGAUACUUUUGAUGGUGCUGGAUUCCAUCAGCAGCCUCAAACGGUAUCAACUAUCAAGGCCAAUGCCCUUACCGACGAUGAAAACGCCAUUGCUUCAAGCGACGAAGACGACCACAACGAGCCGUUUGGUGCUAACGAGAUGGAGUUGUAA